AUGUUCCUCGCCUUCGCUGUGUCCAAGGCUGCAGAGCAGGCGGACCAGGCGGGAGCUGGCACCCAAGGCAAGCGGAGACCUUGUUCACAGUGUGGGAGGAUGUGGCUGUACCUGGCUGCCCUGCUGGGGCUGUACUUCCUCCACCGAUGGUACCGGGAGCGGCAGACUGUGGAGAACCUCCGAGAGAAAUACGUCCUGAUCACCGGCUGCGACUCCGGCUUCGGGAACCUGCUGGCCAAGCAGUUGGACGUGCAGGGCCUGCGGGUGCUGGCGGCUUGUCUCACCCAGCAGGGCGCGGAGCAGCUGAGGAAGGCGACGUCGCAGCGGCUGCAAACGGUGAUCCUGGACGUCACCCGGACCGACAGCAUCGCCGCGGCCACCGCCUGGGUGAAGGAACAAGUGGGGGACAAAGGGCUCUGGGGCCUGGUGAACAACGCGGGGCUCGUCUUCCCCGUGGCCCCCAACGAGUGGCUGACCAAGGACGACUUCGUCAAGGUGCUGGACGUGAACCUGGUCGGCCUGAUCGAGGUGACCCUCAGCUUCCUGCCCCUGGUGAAGCGAGCCAGGGGCCGGGUCGUCAACGUGGCCAGUAUCCUGGGCCGGCUGGCCUUCUACGGAGGGGGCUACUGCCCUUCUAAGUACGGCGUGGAGGCGUUCUCUGACAGCCUCAGGCGCGAGCUCCGGCCCUUCGGCGUGAAGAUCGCCAUUGUGGAGCCGGGCUAUUUCCGCACUCCCAUGACGGAGACCCAGCGCAAUCUGGAGUGCCUGGAACAGAGCUGGCACCGCGCCCGCCCCGACAUCAAGGAGAGCUACGGGCAGCGCUACUUCGACAGCCGCCACAAGCUCACCAGAGAGAUACUCUUGACAAAACCCAGCACCAACCUCUACCUGGUCACCGACUGCAUGGAGCACGCGCUGACGGCCCGUCACCCCCGCACCCGCUACUCCGGGGGCUGGGACGCCCAGUUCUUCUACAUCCCCCUCUCCUACCUGCCCACGGCCUUGGCGGACUGGGUGCUGACCUGGACUUGGCCCCGCCCAGCCCAGGCCGUGUAA